AUGGAAGCCGGCUCAAUGGCUGAAUCAAGUACGGUAGACGAGGUCAAGAUUGAUAUGCCAAUGGAUCCAAGGCCACCAGAAGGAUACGACCGUCUAGCAUCCUUCAUGGGGUACUUUCCCGAAACAGCGAUCUUCCGGCGGUUUGCAACGUUAAAUGCCAAGAACAUCCUAUACCUGCAAGCUGAGCUUUUCUGGCUCGAGGAAGAGCUCGAAAAGGUGGUCAAAGAUGAUGCUCAAUGUACGAAUGGAAACCGGCCGCUGUAUUCGAGGGAUUGGUACCGGCUUAGCCAUUCUGAGGAGCACUCUGACAGCAAUUCCAAGCAAUGGAAAAUCUUCAUGAACAUCCGUAAAGCCUUGAAAGAAUACAAUACCGCUAUCCUCCAGCAGAAGGAACUCGUCAAACUGGAUGCACCGAGUAGCUUAGCUCUAUCGGCAAUCAAAGACUGGAUGGAAAGUCCGAGAAUGGGUUGGGUCUAUCUGCUAGGGCCAGACAAGGACCUAUGGAGGAAAGCAGAUGUUUACGAGCUGCUGGCUUUGAAGCGAAAGGAACAUGAUGACCUGUUAUCUUUAUGGAUGAUCAAGUUCGUGAGGGCUUGGCUACAUCCGAUGAUUGGCAGACAUUUCAAGCGAGACAAGUCUGCGCAAUUCAUGGAGCGUAGCAUACUCACGCAGGAUGCUAUCCUGCGCAUCACUUCCGUCAUUGCUCUGGCUCUCUCCUCGAUACUCCCUCUGUGCUCAAUACUCAUCCUCAAUACCGUGCACAAGGUAUCCGUCCGCUUAGGGAUUGUCGCAGUUUUCACUGUGCUCUUCUCUCUCAGCCUUGGACUGGUUACUGGAGCUAGGAGAGUGGAGAUUUUUGCAGCAGCCGCAGCCUAUGCUGCCGUACAAGUUGUUUUCAUAGCCGGCGACGGCCAGAGCAGCGAUAUCAACGUCCCUGGAAAGCAGCCCUGA